UCGAGGGAAGUGCAAGUUCAGUCGCCGCCGAGUCUUCGCAACGUGAUCUGUGUGCUCCUCCUGCUAUCUACUCUUGGCAUUUCGACUUGUUUUGGGAAGGGAUUUCGGUUGAAUAAAACGAGGAGGAUUGAUUGUUAGCAAAAGGAAGACUGUCAGAGGCGCUCACCAGCCCGAGCCCGAUUCGCCCGCACAACCCCGCCAGGAAGGAACCACGGCCGCCAUGAGCGCUGCACAGACCUCUCAGAGCAACUGGAGGAUUCCGGACCUCCUGGCCAUGAAGCGCGACGGCCUGGCCUAUUCGGAGGACCAAAUCGCCUUCUUGGUCCGGUCGGUCUCGGAUCGGUCCAUGGACGACUGUCAGCUGGGUGCGCUGCUCAUGGCCGUCAAGUUGCAGGACAUGACGGACGCGGAGACGAUCGCCCUCACUAAGGGCAUGAGGGACUCCGGAAGCGUGUUCUCGUGGCCGAAGGACUGGCGCGUGGUGGACAAGCACAGCACGGGCGGCGUGGGCGACAAGGUGUCCCUGGCGCUGGCUCCCGCCCUCGCCGCCUGCGGCUUCAAGGUGCCCAUGAUCAGCGGGCGCGGCCUCGAGCACACGGGGGGCACGCUCGACAAGCUGGAGAGCAUUCCAGGCUUCAAGGUGUCUCUGACGGAGGCCGAGAUGAAGAAGGCGCUGGAGGAGGUCGGCUGCUGCAUCGUUGGCCAGACCGGCGACAUCGUACCUGCUGACAGACGCAUGUACGCCGCGAGGGACGUCACCUCCACCGUCAAAUCUGUGCCGCUCAUCGUCUCGUCCAUCAUCAGCAAGAAGGCUGCGGAGACGGUAAGCGGGCUGGUGCUCGACGUCAAGUUCGGCGGAGGAGCCUUCAUGAAGACCCAGGAGGAGGCAGGGGCGCUAGCCAAGAAGAUGGUGGAUGUGGCCAACGGCGUGGGCAUGGCCACGACGGCCCUCCUCACCACGAUGGACGUCCCGCUCGGCAGGGCCAUCGGCAACGCCCUCGAGGUGCGAGAGUCGCUGGAGUGUCUUCGGGGCAACGGACCCGAGGACCUUGAGGAGCUCGUCACGCACCUGGGUGGAGAGUUACUGCUGGGUGCGGGAGCGGCCUCUACACUGGAGGAAGCUCGCCAGAAGUUGGCUAAGACCCUGAGGGAUGGCAGUGCCAGAACAGCUUUCUGUAACAUGAUACAGAAGCAGGGCGUCACCAAGAGCGUAGCAGAGGCACUGUGUGGUGAUGCUCCCGACUACUCCCAUCUACCUUCCUCGGCUCAUGUCACUGCCGUCAAAGCUGCUUCCUCAGGAGUGUUAGUUGGUAUGGAUGCGAUGACUAUGGCAAAGAUCAGUUUAGAGCUGGGGGCUGGCAGGAACAAGGUCGGCGACCCGAUCAACUACAGUGUGGGCAUCAUGCUCGUCAAGGUGGUCGGCGAGAGCGUGAAGGAAGGCGAGACGUGGGCAGAGCUUCACCACGAUUUCCCGCUGCCGCCCUCCCUCCUGCAGAGGAUGCAGGGAGCCGUCACCAUCAAGGCGUCGGCGGAGGCGCGCAAGCCCUCGCGCGUUGCCGCUCGCGUGGUCUAGGCCGCGGUGCUCGAAACCCUCAGUUGCAGAGGCCAAGAUCCAGCUCGCAGUGUCAGUCUCCUAACCGCUACUUGAGAUACUUUAUGUUGCAUAAAUUCGCAUGAGCGAACAUGAUCGGCGGGCGCGCGCACGCAGAGAUGACGUCACAGGUGGGCAAAGUGCUCGGCAAACAAGUAGUUCCACUUUGUGACGUCAUCUUCACAGGUGCCUGACGUUGUGGACAGGUCUUUAGCCGUCAAAACUUUCUACUUUUUUUUUUAUUAUUUCAUACAUAUCUGGGAAACUGGAGACUUGGCUCUCUUCCGGGUUGAUCGUCGUACUAGUCAGACCCCAAACAUACACAUGGGGAAUGCGACUGCUGUUUUCACUUGGCACAAUCUUCACACCGCCAAUUCCUUCUGCCAAAACCAUAUUUAUCAAUAGAUAGAAAGUAUACCUAUAGAUACUUAUAUUCGGUGCAUACAUGCUAGUUGCUCUUCCCACCGUAUAAAUGUAACCAUCGGGUACCUACUGGCGCUCAUCUGGAUUUUUUCUUUAUGAAACUAACAUUAAUUGCGUUGUUUUUUGAUCCAUCACGAGAAUGAUAUAAUGCGUUGAUUUUUUGGUACACAAGAAUGGUUUAAUUUUGUUAUGUAAUUCAGCUGGUGUGUUAAUCCGUCAGCAGUUAAUUCGGUUGUUCUGAUUAUGGCUCUCAGUCACUGUUAUUCUCUUUAUGAUUCAGCUUACUACUUUAUAACAAUCUUCUACAAAAUGAUUUCUAACAUUUGACAUUUCCACAAACUAUUUAGUUACUUUAUUAAGUCAUUCAAUUGGAUAAUAUGAAAUUGCGCAUGACGUGCAUAUCUCAUCUACUGGCUGCCCUAACUGAUUCCAGUAAACACCUGUUAUUAAUGUCUUCCCAGAAAAUAUCAUUCCACUCCUUGAAAGGAAAUAACUCAUUCUGUACAACUACUUGCUAUGCAACUGACCGUCAUCCUCACAUUCCAGUCUAUGUAGAUCUAACAAGAAAUUAUUUUUGUGACAAAUAUUUUUUGUUAAGCUUUACUGUUGUGUUGUAAUGGGAUAUCAAUACAGUUUUUGUAUCAUAUUGAAAUUCACACAAUGUCUCUUUCCUUGCUCAUGAAAAAUAAAAUUAUUGCAGUGCUAUACUUAAAUAUCUAGACAUGUUAUCAUCUCAAA